GAGGCAGUCGCAUUAAGUCACUUAGGAUUUCUACCCGUUCUUCUGUUUCAUGUUCAAGGUCGGGUACACCAAGAUUAUUUCCGUCCUUUUCAAAGGCUUUUUCAAUGUCUGGCCAGACUUUUCUCCAUGACUUUGUUAUUGUCAAGGCUGUUACUUCAUCAUAGGCCUUAGCCACCAUGAAAAUGACGUCUUUCACGUUGAUUGUUUUUAACACUUGGAUUAGGUCUGUUUGUUCAUCGUUUUCUAGCUUGAAUAGAACUUCUGAAAGGAGCUUUCUCCGGUAUUUCCUUUUAACACAUUCAAUGACACCCUGAUCCAUUGGCUGUUGGAGACUUGUCACAUUGGGGGGCAGAAAAUACAGUUUUAUUCCACUCUCACCCUCACAUGCCAGUUCAUCCGGGUGGGUAGGCGCAUUGUCGAGAAGAAGUGCGCUUACAGGAAGUUUCAAACAGCUUUUUCUUGUAAAAUGGGGCCACUCAUUGGCGUUCCUCUUCUACCUUCUUGCAAAAACCACAACCAAAGAGCAUCAUCAACUAACUCAUUGUUAGGUUUCUUUAAAGUGGAACGAGAUGCAAGAACUUUAUCUGUUUCAAUCUGGGUACAAAACGUCUCAAUUGAUUUUCUGUUUCGACGCCAAUCGUUUACCGUGCUUUUACCUACUCCAAGUUCCCUACAAAUAUUUUGAACCGAUUCACCUUUGUCUAAACGCUCUAGUGUUUUCAACCGUUGUUCUAUUGUCACAAAAGUACGCUUACGUUUAACACUCAUCACGAAAAUAAAUCCAAAACAGCAGCACACACGCAACAAUACACUACACACACAAACGUUCACUCAAGGAAAGAAUACAACUCUACAUGUACUAUACAUCUCAACUCGAUUAAAUACAGAAGACAACUGACCUAUUUAAACAAAGGAAUGAGCGAAUGAGCUAGAUAAACUUGUCACGACCUGUCGCUAGUCGCGGCGUCGGCGAACACAGCAGAUGCGCACGUGAGUCAUACUCAGGUGGCCGGCCGAACCAUCCGGCGGCCGAACCAAACGAAGCCGAACGAGAGGGAGUCUACUGUAAUUGAAAAAAUAAUUUUAUUCCGACAAUCCGUCUAUUAACCGUGUUAUACACUCUAAAAGUAUAUAACAUUACUAAAAAGAAGUUAAAUAAAUAAAAUUGUGGUAACUGAUAAUUCUUGAAAUUACAUAUAAUUGAAAAAAUAAUUUUAUUCCGACAAUCCGUCUAUUAACCGUGUUAUACACUCUAAAAGUAUAUAACAUUACUAAAAAGAAGUUAAAUAAAUAAAAUUGUGGUAACUGAUAAUUCUUGAAAUUACAUAUAAUUGAAAAAAGAAUUUUAUUCCGACAAUACGUCUAUUAAAAAAUUAUCCCCAACAUUUUCAAAAGGUAAAUGACGAGUAAUUAUUGAUAUCAGAAAAAGGAAUAAAAAUGACCAAGUGCUUUAUUAACGCGAAAUAAACAGGAUGAUGAAACAAUGAUGCAAUGUCCAGUGGAAUUUUAGUGAAGAGAGAAGCAUCUUGUAGUGGCAGUAUGCUUACCUGUGAUUAAACUGUUAUAAAAAGAGAUAUCUCUGUCCAUAGUUCAUCAUUUACAUGCCUCAGAACAAACUAGCGAGUUGUCAGUUUCUAUAAGAUCCAACUUUUCAAGAAUUACCACCCUUGUAGGUUUUGCAGGCUUAUUUGUCUUCACUUGUUUGUACUACAUAUUAAACAUGGGAAUACAACUCCGGGAUACUGGAUUGUGGUGCCAGAUAUUCGCUGGAAUAUCAGCAAGUAUGGGUUCUUUUGCGUUUGGUACGCUCUUCGGCUGGAUCACUCCUAUUCUUCCACAACUUCUCAGCUCCGAAAGUGAGAUACCUAUGACUCAUGAGGAAGCCUCCUGGAUGAUAUCCUGCCCGGAGAUCACCACCAUGAUGACUCCCAUCCCAGCUGGACUCUUGGCAGACCGCAUAGGGAGGAAGCCCUUGAUUCUUGCCUCUGCGCCUCUCUACACCGUGGGUUGGUGUAUCAUCCUCUACUACAAGACGUACUUGUCCCUUAUCGUGGCUCGCUGUAUACAAGGCGCUGCUGUUGGCAUCGUUUUUGCAGUUGUUCCUGUGUAUCUUGGAGAAAUUGCAAGUACAGAAUGUAGGGGAGCCAUCACAAGUCUAUUCUUCAUCGCUUCCUGGAUGGGCUACCUUUUCGAGUACUGCACUGGACCUUUCUUGUCGUUCACGAACUUCACUCUCCUCACACUUUCUACAUCAGUACUUUACUUCAUUCUGGUCUGGGUGCAGCCCGAAAGUCCGUACUACUGGCUAAUGAAAGGCAACGAACAGGAUGCUUACAAAUCUCUGAAGUGGUUCCGUAGUUCUUCGGAUGAUCAGAAAGUUGUAGAAGAAUUAGAAAGAAUGAAGCUCAGUGUGACGGAAGACAUGUCAAAGAAAAUCACCUGGAAAGACGUGAUAGCGACCCCUACCGACAGAAAAGCUCUCUUCCUCAUGCUCUUUGCAGGAUCAUUAAGGUCCUUGAGUGGUAUACAGCCGAUCACAGCUUAUGCGACAGAAAGUUUUAAGGAAUCCUCAGAUCUUAUCAUUGCUCCCAAAUACAUCACCAUGAUUUUGGGAUUUGUUAUGGUUUUUGGAGCUUUCUUCAGUUUCUUUACAUUGGAUGUGUUAGGGCGGAGAUCACUCAUCAUCAUAUCAUCUUUUGGUUGUUCGAUUAGCCUCUUUGUCGCUGGAAUAUUCUACUACUUGGAGUCUAAAACAACAGUUGACGUUUCUUCUUGUAGCUGGAUCGCUCCUGCUUCUAUCUUGGUGUACUCCGCAAUCGAUGUAGGGGGCCUCUACCCGGUACAAACCGCCUACAGCUCUGAACUGUUCACUUCUAAGACUCGCUCUACAGCAUCAAGCAUUGCUGCCGUUCUAACCACAUUUUGUAUUUUAGUUACCCUAAAAACUUACCAAACAUUUAUUGACUUGUUUGGAGUCUAUUUUAAUUUUUUCUUGUAUGGCACGAUUUGCCUUGUUGGAACUGCAGUUUCAUAUAUGUACAUGCCUGAAACGAAGAAUAAAACUUUUGAACAGAUAAGGCAGGAAAUUUGCUGCCCAGUUAAGAGCCAAUCGAACGCGGACAAUUUGUUGAGUAUGGGAUCUUUUGCUGCUGCUACACUCUUCGGGUGGGUCACUCCAAUACUCCCUCACCUUCUCAGUCCAGAAAGUGAGAUUCCAAUGACUCCGCAGGAAGCCUCCUGGAUGAUAUCCUUUGCAGAAUUUGCAAACCUCAUAACUCCGAUCCCAGCUGGCAUCAUGGCAGAUCGCUUCGGUAGGAAGCCCAUGAUUCUUGUCUCUGCUCCUCUCUUCACUCUGGGCUGGUGUAUCAUUCUCUACUACAAGACCUACUUUUCCCUCCUGGUGGCUCGCAGUGUACAAGGCGCUGCUGUCGGAAUAGUUUUUACCGUUGUUCCAGUGUAUCUUGGGGAAAUUGCAAGCACUGGAUCUCGAGGAGGUAUUACUAGUCUAUUCUUCAUCUUCCAGUGGUUGGGUUACCUGUUUGAGUAUUGCACCGGACCUUUCUUGUCUUUCACGAACUUCACCUUGCUCACUCUCGCACCGACCGUACUGUACUUCUUAUUGGUCUGGGUACAGCCUGAGAGUCCUUUCUACUACUUAAUGAAAGGCAACAAACAAGAUGCCUACACCUCCCUGAAGUGGUUUCGCGGAUCUUCAGAUGAAGAAGAGAUCGCUCAAGAAUUGGAGAGGAUGAAGCUCAACGUCGAAGAAGACCAAGCGAAGGAAACCACUUGGAAAGACGUGAUAGCGACACCGACUGACCGGAAGGCUCUGUACCUGAUGCUCUUUGCAGGAUCCUUGAGGAUUUUAAGUGGUACUAUGCCUCUUGUCGCUUACGCCACACAGAAUUUCAAAGUUACUUCUGAUCUCGUUGUCGCCCCUAAAUACAUCACCAUGGUUCUGGGUGCUGUACUGGUUAUGGGAGCUUGUUUGAGCUUUUUCACCUUAGACCUUAUAGGUCGUAGAUCUCUCAUCAUCAUAUCGUCUCUUGCAUCUUCUGUAAGCCUGUUUGUGGCCGGAAUGUACUACUUUCUAGAGUCCAAGACGACCGUUGAUGUUGCUCCUUACAGCUGGGUGGCUCCUAUAGUUAUCCUGGUGUACGCCGCAGUCGACGUCGGAGGCUUGUACCCAGUCCACACGGCUUACACGUCAGAGCUCUUUACGUCCAAAACUCGUGCUAUGGCUUCCAGUCUUGCUGCCGUUAUCACGACGUUCUUCACCCUGGUGACUCUGUUAUCUUACCAAAUUGUCAUUGACCUGUUCGGAGUGUACUUCAACUUCUUCAUUUAUAGCACGAUCUGUCUUGUCGGAGCUGUGGUUUCCUACAUCUUCAUGCCAGAAACUAAGAACAAAACGUUUGAUCAGAUAAGAAAGGAACUUUGCACACUUACUAGAAAUAAACUUAUUUAAUUUUGUACUGCUUCGAAUGUCUACUAAGUAUAUAAUAAACUGUAUAUGACAUGGAUUUUUUUAAUAUAAACAGUGAGUUUGUCGUCUUGAACGGAGAAGAAAAUAACUUUCACCACUUACCAGAAAUGUUCUACCCUUGUUACUAAACUUAUUUAACGUUCUUUACUUUUAGUAUUAGUAACAUUUUGAGUAACUGUUAACUACGAGUACAUAACCUACAUUAUAUUGAAAGUUGCAAAAUCUUUGUUAAAUAUAAUACGCUAAGUUAGUUCAUUAAGUUAUUUUGUAUAUUUGUAUUUUUGUUAUGCUAAACUAUAAAUUAAAACACGUG